UGUUUUUUUAUUUAUUUGUUUAUCUUUUUUAUUCCUUUGAUCCAAAAAUACUCUAGCUUUGGGUUUUUUCUUUCGAUUACCAUAACAAGUGUCGGUAUCUUAAAGGAGUGAAACGAUACCAAUCGAAUUUCCGUCGCGAAGCACGGAAUACCUCUACUAGUUAUUAACAAAUAGCAAUAUAGCAUUCAUGAAUCAUGAUUCAUUUAAUAUUUCAAUUUCAAACUAACAGAAACAUACAGCAAAGUGCAAACUAACAUUCAUGGAAUCAAGCAAUAUAUAUUAACUGUUAACAUAUGAAAUCAAAAACGAAUCAGCAUCAGCGACAGAUAUUAAGUUAUUAACAUACCUCUGAUAUAAAAAAAUGUGAAUCGAACGAAUCAAAAACGUCUCAGCACGAAACGCAUGAAAUCAAAAAGCGAAACGCGUCAGCGAUUCAGCGUUGCGUCGUUUUGUUUCCCAGCCAGUUCUUUCGUCUUUUUGUUUCCCAGUUCCUCGUCCCCUCAUUAUCCUCAUAUCAGGCCUUAUUGUUUGUAAUUGGUUAUUGGGCCUAUUUCAAAAUUUAAUCACUACAACCGUUUGGAACUAUGGGCUUUAGUAUACAUUUGAAACUAAUCUAGUAAUUCUGUAAUUGGGCCUAUUAUAUAAAGGAAUUUUUGCUUUUUUUUGGGCCCCAUGCUGGUUUGGGCCCUGUGCACAGGCCCAGCCUGCACAUGGGCUUAACCGGCCCUGAUACCAACUUACCAUUUCAUAAUGUGAAUGUGCACAUAUAAUUUUAGUUUGGACCUUUCAAAAUUGAAUAUAUUUAUUUUCAUUUUAAAGUUAAAACGCUUAUAAAAGUAGGGGCACAAAUUUGAAUAUAAGAGCAAUGCCAAAAUGGGGCAUGCCUGCUCCUCCUGUUCAGACAGACACCUGGUGCGUUUCUAUGGGCAUGGUGGCGACAAGAUCUUAUCACUUUCAUGGCCUAAAUAUGAGGUAUUUUAUGUGAUAAUGAUAGUCUGGCAGCGCUGUUAGCCAUGGAAUUGAAGCCAGAUCUUGCGUUGUUGAGUGAUAUAGUCUGGGUAUAGGAAUUUGCCCCAAUCUCUAUUCUCGCCUUGUGAAUGUCAACGGAUAGGCCCAAUGUAGUAGAGUUUGAGCGUAUGACAUGGCAUAUACGGAAGAAUCAAUGACUCCUGUAUUUGCCUCCCUUCUUAAGUCUGGCAUUCAGAUUUUUAUUUUCUGGCAUGGGUUGGAUUAUGAGAAGAGCAAGGUGGACCAUGAGGGUCUGAAACUAAAAAUGAAAUCCUCAAAGAUACAGUUUGAAGUGGAACUACUGGAGAUGCAAAUACCAUUGCAAAGAGAUUACAAAGAAAGUGAUGAAAAACACGGGAUUCUUCGAAAGAGGCUGUCUGAUGAUCAUUCUAAGAUUGUUUAUUGCAUUGAUGAAUUGGGUCUUCUAUGUGCUUAUGAGGAUAAAAUAAUUGGGCAUGAAUUGUUAGCUCAUUCGAUGCGGAAGCAAUCACAUUGUAGGAAAGGAAGCACGCCAUUAAAUAGAUUGAAAAGUCGAACUUGGUUAUCAAGGAAAUCGUUAAGGAAAAUGAUGAAGAAAAAGAAAGGUUAAAUAGAUCUAUUGCGGGCUUGUUGGCUGAAAAAGAAGAAAAUAAGGUGGACAAAGAUGUCGUGCUCAAUAGGAUGUCACAAAUUGAAGUUAUGUUAACCGAUAUGGUUCGAAGAUAAGCUAUAAACACUUGGUUUUGAAUGUUUUGAUGUUUAUCAUAUUAGGAUAAUUUCGGUAAUUUGAUGUUUUAGUUGGCAUUUA